AUGCCACGCUCACCCGGGCUCUUGCUGCUCCUGCUGCUGCCGCCGCUGGCCCUGGGCCUCGGGCUCCUCGGCGCGGGCGGCCGGCGCCCCGACUGCGGUCCGUGCCGGCCCGAGCGCUGUCCCGCGCCCGCGCGCUGCCCCGCGCCCGGGAUCCCGGCGCGCGACGAGUGCGGCUGCUGCGCGCGCUGCCUGGGUGCCGAGGGCGCGAGCUGCGGGGGCUGGGCCGGCGCGCGCUGCGGCCCCGAGCUGGUGUGCGCCAGCCGCGCCGCCGGGGCGGCGCCCGAGGGCACCGGGCUCUGCGUGUGCGCGCAGCGCGGCACGGUGUGCGGGUCCGACGGCCGCUCCUACCCCAGCGUUUGCGCACUGCGCCUGCGCGCCCGGCACGCUCCUGGAAGGCACCCUGGCCACCUGCACAAGGUGCGCGAUGGCCCCUGCGAAUUUGCUCCUGUGGUCGUCAUUCCACCCCGAAGUGUCCACAACAUCACGGGGGCCCAGGUGUACCUGUCCUGUGAGGUGAGGGCGGUGCCUCCCCCAGUCAUCACGUGGAGGAAGGUCACACAGUCUCCUGAGGGCGCCCAGGCGCUGGAGGACCUGCCUGGGGACCACGUCAAUAUAGCUGUCCAGGUGCGAGGGGGUCCUUCGGACCACGAGGCCUCAGCCUGGAUUUUGAUCAACCCUCUGAGAAAGGAAGACGAGGGAGUGUACCAGUGCCACUCGGCCAAUGCGGUUGGGGAGGCCCAGUCCCACGGCAAGGUGACGGUUAGCGAUCUGAGCACGUACACAGCCCCUCGCUUCCCAGCUCCACAUGACCGCAUGUGA